AGCGGGGCACAGCGAGGGCGGUGGCGGCACUGUAGGCACCAUGUCGUACCCCGGGCACCCUGGCGGCGGAGGAGCGGGCGGCGGCUUCUACCCGGGCGGGUACGGAGGGGCGCCCGGAGGGCCCGCGUUUCCCGGACAAGCUCAGGACCCGCUCUACGGUUACUUUGCGUCCGUCGCUGGACAGGAUGGGCAAAUCGAUGCCGACGAGUUGCAGAGGUGUCUGACCCAGUCGGGCAUUGCCGGCGGCUACAAACCUUUUAACCUGGAGACAUGUCGGCUGAUGGUUUCUAUGCUGGAUAGAGACAUGUCGGGCACAAUGGGUUUCACUGAGUUUAAAGAACUCUGGGCUGUACUGAAUGGCUGGAGACAGCACUUCAUCAGUUUCGACAGUGACAGAAGUGGCACGGUGGAUCCUCAGGAAUUGCAGAAGGCCCUGACGACGAUGGGAUUUAGGUUGAGUCCCCAGGCUGUGAAUUCAAUUGCAAAAAGGUACAGCACCAAUGGGAAGAUCACCUUUGAUGACUACAUUGCCUGCUGCGUCAAACUCAGGGCGCUCACAGACAGCUUUCGAAGACGGGACACUGGCCAGCAAGGCGUUGUGAACUUCCCAUAUGAUGAUUUCAUUCAGUGUGUCAUGAGUGUCUAAAUCAAGAGGAGGCUGCAUGACCAUUCUCAACAUUCCUCCGGGGCUCUCCUUUCAUCCUCCGCAGCCAUGUGUGUACACUUAGGCCGCCAUGUACCCGUGACAGCUUGUAAAAGUUUUUACUUUAUGUACAGCUUAAGUUUUGUGUGUAGUUUUGAUAAUAAAUUCUUUGGAAUCUAAAUAACCCA